ACCCUAUGACGGGGGGAAAAAUGGUUUCCUCAGAAAAUCCCCGGUUUUAAAAGUGAAACCUUCCUUGCCCUCAUUUGCAAGGAAAUUCCCCAUAGAUCGAGACGAGCAAAGAUCCUUCCUAGCUAUCCUCGCCAUCGGUACCGGCGCAGAAAGAGGCGGAAGCCGGGAAUUUUUCUGGGAACGAGUUCUUAGGCAGAAAACCGAAAGUAACUUUUGCGAUCAUGUGACGCCCGAGGAAGCGAGCGAAGUACCCCCCCCCCUUUUUUUAUUUCUAUUGGUUGUGGAGCGGGCUUUCAUCAGCACCGUGGCAGUGGGGGCGGAAAACGAAAAGCAGGUGAAACUGUGACAUCCACAACCACAAUCCUCAAUGGGUGCUCAGAGGCCUCUGAUUGUACCCUGGCUAAUAGAGAAGUUGGAUGCCCAGGUAUACCCAGGGGUAUCAUGGCUAAACCCCGAACGGACUCGUUUCCGAGUGCCGUGGAAGCACGGGGCACGGCAGAGCGCUGUUCCUGAAGAUUUCCAGAUCUUUCAGGACUGGGCCAUUGCUAGAGGCCGCUACCGCCCUGGCGUAGACCAGCCUACCCCAUCAGAGUGGAAGCGAAACUUCCGUGCUGCCCUAAACCGCAAAGAAGGGAUAGAAAUGGUGCAGGAUAGCAGCACAGACUCUGAAGAUCCCCACAAAGUGUUUGAAAUACAGCUUAAUAUUCCGAUAAAUCCAAAUGGUGGUGCAGGAAGGGUGGUGAAUGCACCGUCUGAUGAUCCAUCCUCUAUGUCCACUGGAAGCCAGGAGGUACUUGGAGGUGGUUUAUCUUCUAGUGAGGACAACAUAUUGGAGAAUGUGCUGAGUGCCCUGGAUCUCUCCAGUUCCCAGGCAGAAGUGGAAAAUCCUGUUUGGGGUGGAAGCCUGUCCGAUACCAACCUGGAUCUGAGUCUGACAACCACAGGGUCACCAUUGGGACCAAUCUUGGGAACCAACAUGUAUGUGCAAGAAGAAAAUCCAGCUUGCUAUGGAGACCAGCCUCCACCCAGUUUGAAUCCAGUUGUCGUCACAGUGACACCCUUGGAGCAGAUCUUGGCAUCUCCUACAUUUGAAACAGAUUUUGAGGUUCGGGCUUAUUAUCGGGGCCGGAUGGUUUUCACCAAGGUGUUCAGUAAUACACGAGGCCUUUGCUUUGUGCCUCCUGGCUUCUCUGGUCGCUAUCCCGAUUUAGUGGAUGUGGUCCUACCCGACCCGUCUCCCUUGAGUGACCAGGUGCAAGCAUCUUACACCCAACGCCUUCUACGUGGGGUAGCUCCGGGGGUGCUUCUCCGCAUCGAAGGCAAAUCGCUGUGCGGCACACGUCGAGGUCCUUGCCAUGUCUUCUGGAGCCAAUCUGAGAUAGCCACAGAGAAUACACCACGCGGAGAGUUGUCAAAGGAAAAAUUCUGCCCCAUCUACAGCUUGCAUCAGUUUACGGAAGAACUGAUUGGGUAUAUGGAAGGAAAGAAUAACUCCCCUAAGUACACUCUGUGGUUAUGCUUUGGAGAAAACUGGCCUGACACUGAGCAUCCCUGGAAGAAAAAACUGAUCAUGGUAGAAGUCAUACCUAAGGUUUUGGAAGCUCUCUACGACUUGAGCCAGAUCUAUGGGGCAUCUUCAUUAAAACAAAACAAUCCAGACUUAAGGAUAUCAGACUCACUGGAGCAACCCUCCUUCCUGGAUCAGCUGCGAGAAUGGAAAGAGAAGAUGGAGGUGGAGUCCAGCAACUAGCCCAUUUCACAGAGAGGCAAACUCAACAGUCUUCCCUGGAGCCCUUUCAAUUCUUUUCUUCAGCAGAGGGAUAUUUUGCCAUUACUUUUCCUAAGAGAAGUUGGAUGCUGGUAGUUGAAAAACAGCUAAUUUCUAUGUCAGAAGGUGCAUUUCCCUGCACUUGUAUCAGUUCAGUACUAGAGAUGAGCAAUUCGUAUUCGUAUCCCUGGGGAUACAAAUACGAAUAUCAGCACCACAGGUGCCGUGGAGACCCAAGCUCUUCCCCCCCAAACUGACUGGUCCACUUACUGGUUGCUGCGUG